CAUCUCCGUCACAAUGGCGCCAGACCCGACGAUGGACAAGAACGAGAGCGGUGAAGAAACGCAACCAAAAGAGGGCGUUCUGGUGUAUGAGAGCAAAGCGUACUUCUCCGAGAACAGUCGAGUCCCCAAGUGGAUGGAGAACUUCAUCACCGACGUGUUCAGCUUCAUCACGGCGCAUUAUUUCGUGUGGAGUUGGCCAUUUCUCGGUCUGUUCUACUAUCUGCAUAAGCGCGGUCUUGACUACGUUUCGAUUGCGAUGGUGGCUUUAUACCUGCCAUCGUUCUUCAGUGGAGCCCAAAAGACUGGCAAGGGAAACGUAUGGGAAUCCUUGCGCACGUCCAGCAUUUGGGGACUGAUGAACAAGUUCCUUCGCAUCAAGAUCAUCCGUGAACAGGAGCUAGACCCCAAGAAACAAUACAUCUUCGGAUUUCAUCCGCACGGUAUCAUCGUGCUCUCUCGUCUCGCAAUCUUCGGCCGCAACUUCGACGACGUCUUCCCAGGCAUCAAAAAUCGACUUCUCGGAGCAUCAGCCAUGUAUUACGUCCCGUUAGGACGCGAUAUCUGCUUGUGGCUUGGUGGCGUUGAUGCUUCGCGGUCCACGGGUGAGAAGGUCUUGAAAGAAGGCAACAGUAUCAUUGUCUACCCAGGCGGUGUACCCGAGAUUUUCCGCACAGACCCAAACUCGAAAGAGACUCAGCUCGUGCUGAAGAAGCGUCUCGGGUUUAUCAAGCUCGCAAUGCGUCACGGGGCAGAUCUGAUCCCUACGUUCAUCUUUGGAGAAAAGUGGCUAUACAACAUGUGGAAUCCGCCCAGAUUCAUCAUCAACUUCUUCCGCAAGGCUCUCGGCAUCCCAGUCCUUGUCUUCUGGGGCAAAUUCUGGUGGAUGCCUAAAGCUCCAGCCGAAGGAAAGCGCUAUGGACUGGUCUACGGCAAACCGAUUGUUACGAAGCACACUCCAAACCCGACCGACGAGGAAAUUCGAGCUGUUCAUGCGCAAUACGUCGCUGAGAUCGAGCGGAUCUUCAAGCAGUACAAGUCCGAAUUUGGCUAUGAGGAGGACGAGACGUUGCUUAUCGUUUAGUUUUACGAAGUUGUAAAGUGACGACGUACAAGCUUGAUUAUGGUAUCGGAGGUCCACCGCAAUAAUCGUGAAUAAUCCAACACGUUGAUGAUUCACA